UGUUCUUAAAGUAAAGGAACUCCAUGCUUCAGCCAUCGUCAGUCGUCACUGCACUCUGUUUCUUCAAUCAAAAGUACCAAGACACAGAAGAGAGAUCCCGCGACCCAUUUCUCAAUUUUCCAGAUCCAAACUCCCGGAUCUUUCCCCGUUAAAACUACGCCACCUCCAUAGCUUUCCCGGGAAAUUUUUCAGGAAGGGGAAGAAAGAACUCCUUAACCCGUUCAUUCAUUCUCCCAUGGCAAAUGGCUGGAGAAGAGAAAGCAGACACCCAAAGCUACUCUCUCCAAAGCCACUCCUGCUCCUUCUCCUCUCCCUCACCCUCCUCCUACUCUUCCUCUUCCUCGCUUUCCGUUCCCCUUCAGACCCCAAUCUCACGCCAUCUCUCUCCCUCUCCACUCCCUCCCCAAAGCCCUAUCCAAUCCCCCAAUUCAACUGCUUCGAUUCGCCCCAAGCUCACCCUGUAGUCGCCAACUUAGUCGAAAAUGUCAAUUACCCUUUCCUCUACUCGCUCCCGGAUUUCGGAUCCUUGCCCGAUAAGCCUCACAAGAACCUCGUCCGGCUGCUCAAGGGGAAGCUGUUUCGGAAGCCUGAUAUCUCCGCCACGAUUCAGGGGAUUCUCGAAGGGAUGAAGAAGGAAGGGGGAAAUGAUGGCGGGCUGGUUGUGGAUGUUGGUGCCAAUGUGGGAAUGGCGAGCUUUGCAGCUGCGGUUAUGGGGUUCAAGGUGCUGGCUUUUGAGCCUGUUAUGGAGAAUCUGCAGCGGCUCUGUGAUGGGAUUUGGUUUAAUAGAGUUGGGGAGUUGGUUACUGUUUUUGAAGCUGCUGCUUCGGAUCAUGUUGGGAAUAUCACUUUCUAUAAGUUGGUCGGGCGGCUCGACAAUAGUGCUAUCUCUGCCAUCGGUGCAAAACUGGCUUUCAAGUCGAAUGAGGAAGUAGCAGUUCAAGUAAGGACGAUCCCUCUGGAUGAAGUGAUCCCAGAUUCACAGCCUGUGCUUCUGCUCAAAAUCGAUGUCCAGGGUUGGGAAUAUCAUGUCCUCAAAGGAGCCUCCAAAUUACUCUCCAGAAAGAAGGGUGAAGCCCCCUACAUUAUUUAUGAAGAAGACGAGCGCCUGCUUCAAGCCAGCAAUAGCAGUGCCAAAGAGAUUCGAGAUUUCCUGCAGACGGUUGGCUACCAUGAUUGCACCCAACAUGGUACGGACGCCCACUGCACCAAGAGCUAAAGUUUUUGACAUGAUUAAUGUAGAAAGCUGAUAUUCCAGGAUUCAUUAUUCAUUCAGGAUCUCAUUUUUGUAAUGUUCAUUUGCUUGCGAGGAUUGUACAUUGAAGUUUAAUUUUAUUAGAAAGAACUGGAAGGAGGAAGGAAAACAAGGGUAGGAGUUUGCACUCGGAUUUUGAUUAUAUAUCUAUGACUAGUGUACUUAGAGAUCAACAGACUAAUUGCAUUUACAUUGUACAAUUCUUGAUUGAAUGAUAGACGAC